CGCCGCCGCAGUCCUCAGCUUGCCAGGGACAGGAAAGCUUCGAGACCGAGCUGCCGCUGCCGCCUCCCCUUCUCACCCCCCACAUUCCGCGUGCCUCCCACACCCUCCUCCCCUUCUUUCAGCAUCUCUCGGUGGAGCACUGCAGGGACUCGGCCCGGGCUGCCGUCUCCCCGACCCGGGGAAAAGCUGUGACCCCCCCCGCAGGAGCGGCAGGGCGGGGUGGGGGGCCCGGGAGAAGAUGGCGACGCCGGGAAGCGAACCCCAACCUUUCGUCCCUGCCCUGUCAGUGGCUACUCUGCACCCCCAUCAUCAUCCCCCCCACCACCACCACCAUCAGCACCACGGAGGAGCCGGAGGCAGCGGCGGGGCCGGAGGAGGCGGCGGCGGCGGCGGCGGGGGCUUCAACCUGCCCUUGAACCGGGGGCUGGAGCGCGCGUUGGAGGAAGCGGCCAACUCCGGGGGGUUGAACCUCAGUGCUAGGAAACUGAAGGAAUUUCCCAGGACGGCGGCCCCCGCGCACGACCUCUCGGACACGGUGCAGGCAGAUUUAUCUAAAAACAGACUGGUUGAAGUUCCAAUGGAAUUGUGCCAUUUUGUAUCACUGGAAAUUCUUAAUCUGUAUCAUAAUUGUAUCAGAGUCAUUCCGGAGGCCAUCAUUAAUCUGCAGAUGCUGACUUACUUAAAUUUAAGUCGGAAUCAGCUGUCCGCCCUGCCGGCCUGCCUGUGUGGUCUGCCUCUCAAAGUCUUAAUUGCAAGUAACAACAAACUUGGAUCGCUGCCUGAAGAGAUAGGUCAGCUCAAACAGUUAAUGGAGUUGGACGUCAGCUGCAAUGAGAUCACAGCCUUGCCUCAGCAGAUAGGGCAACUGAAAUCCCUACGAGAACUGAAUGUCAGAAGAAAUUACCUUAAAGUUCUACCACAAGAACUAGUAGAUCUUCCCUUGGUAAAGUUUGACUUUUCCUGCAAUAAAGUGCUCGUGAUUCCCAUUUGUUUUAGAGAGAUGAAGCAGCUGCAAGUAUUACUGCUUGAGAAUAACCCUUUGCAGUCUCCUCCAGCACAGAUUUGCACUAAGGGCAAAGUGCACAUAUUUAAGUAUCUCAGCAUCCAAGCGUGCCAGAUUAAGACAACCGACUCCCUUUAUCUCCACACCAUAGAGAGGCCACAUUUACACCAGCACGUGGAAGACGGCAAGAAGGAUUCUGACUCGGGCGUUGGGAGUGAUAAUGGAGACAAGCGAUUAUCUGCCACAGAGCCUUCUGAUGAAGACACCGUUAGCCUCAACGUGCCAAUGUCAAAUAUCAUGGAAGAAGAGCAACAGAUCAAGGAGGACUCCUGCCAUCGCCUUAGUCCAGUUAAAGGAGAAUUUCAUCAGGAAUUUCAACCAGCACCUUCCCUUGUGAGUGACAAUGAGAACUCAGGAGAAGAAAGAGACCGAUUUUCCCAUGGAACAGACAUUCUCCAUUCGGAAUUUAUAAACUAUAUUAAGGAAAGGACUGAGACCUGUGAAGAACUGUUACGGAUAGAAGAGGACGCACACUGGCCAUCCGGGGGGAUAAUAAGUUCAUCCAAAGACCAGGACAUGAAUAUAGCAAUGAUUGAACAGCUGAGAGAAGCAGUGGAUUUGCUGCAAGAUCCCAACAGAUUAAGCACAGAUAUUACAGAGAGAAGUGUUGUAAACUUUUACCCUGUGGACUCAGCAGAAGACUUAGAAUUACAAGACUCUGCACUAAAUGGUCAGAUACAGUUGGAGACGUCUCCAGAAUGUGAGGUGCAAAAUGAUCUAACAUUACAGAGUAAUGGGAGCGAGUAUUCUCCCAAUGAGAUGAGAGAGAACUCCCCUGCCAUCUCUCCUACCAACACCAGCACAGCUCUGUUUGGCCUGAAGCCUCGAUCAGACCCAGCCCUCACUCUUCCUCCUAUCUCCUUCAACAAACUUACACAGGCACAAACAUGGGACAACUCUAGCUACAGUGUUCCAUCUGAAGGAGACAGUGACAAUGUGUUUCUUAGACCACAGAGAAAUUUGGAAUCUAUAGACCCACAGUUUACAAUUCGGCGGAAAAUGGAGCAGAUGAGAGAAGAAAAAGAACUGGUGGAACAGCUCCGAGAGAGCAUCGAGAUGAGACUCAAGGUCAGCCUACACGAAGACCUGGGGGCUGCCCUCAUGGAUGGCGUCGUCCUCUGCCAUCUAGUCAACCACAUCCGCCCACGAUCCGUCGCAAGCAUCCAUGUCCCCUCACCAGCAGUCCCUAAACUUAGCAUGGCCAAAUGCAGAAGAAACGUCGAAAACUUUCUGGAAGCAUGCCGAAAAUUAGGAGUACCAGAGGAAAAACUGUGUCUGCCCCAUCACAUCCUUGAAGAGAAAGGCCUGGUCAAAGUGGGCAUCACCGUUCAAGCAUUGCUAGAUGUAACUGUAACAAAGGCUCUAUUCACAUGAGACCAACUCCUCUCCUUUGGGUCGUGGCUCAGACGUUUUUCCGGUCAGAGAUCCUAAACUCUCCUCUCAGCACCUGCCCCCUCCAACCUCCCACUCACUGCUUGUCAGUUCCCCAACUCUAGUUGAAUUGACGGGAGGACACAAAAGAAGAUUUUCUACCUUUCAUAACUGACUCUGACAUUAAGACCUGACAGGUAUUUGCCUAAAACCCCGUGAGGGAGCUGGUUGUGAAGGACCAAGCAGCUCAUCAAUGCCUUCUGCAACCUCCUUCAUCCCUUCCAUGCUCACCCACUGCCAUUACCAAAACACCAAGCACAGCCGUUUUGCAGCAAGAUGCAUUUGUUUUAUUAAAACCAAACGCAAUGUGUAUUUUGGGGGGGGUGGGGAGGGGGACUUGCAGUCAGGUUUUUUGCCACCAAAUUUUUCAAGAAGUUUCUUGAGACCAUUGCCUUUUAAAAAAACUAUUUUCGACAUACAAAAUAUUUAUAUAAAUAUUAUUUAUUAGUGAGUUGUUAUUCAUCCUUUGGAUGCAAAUUGUAAAUUAGGAAACUAUUUUAUUACUGCUUUUUUGUGGUUAAACACUUUAUUUUAAUAUUAUAAAUAUUGAGUUAUUUUCUAUCCUCUUUGGUGUGCGAGUAGUUCUAGGUCUCCAUAGUCAUGUUUUCUGGUGUAUAUGACUCAAAAAAAAAAAUUAAGCAAAAAGCAGGUGCUUCUGUGACAAGAACUAUUUUCUGGGGGAGGCGUUAUUUAUACUUUGGUUUCUGGAACAUUGGUCUUAUUUAUAUUUUCUGCAUUCCAUCCAGCUUCCUACAUUCCAGCAGCCCUGUUGUCCCCUGAUAUAAUGAACUGACAGAAAUCAAGAGAGCACCCCAAAGUUGUUUGUAAAUAGCUGUGAUGGAAAAAAAAAAGACAUAUUAAACUUGAAGAUAAAAUGUGAACAGUUAUUUUUUGGGGUUCAUACUUACUUUGCUAUGCACAAAACAUUCACGUUUUAACAUGAAGAAGUAACAAGUGUUGGCGUCAUGUGUCUUGUAGUGUAAUUUUGCACUGUAACUUGGGUAAUGAAAAGUGUAGCACCAAAGGUAGAUAAUAAGGAAGUGGUAUAGGAAAGUGGAGAUGAGAAAAAGGUCAUCGUUUAACCAAGACGUUUUUUAAGGGCCGCUUCGGUGGAGAGUGGUCAAGAAUUAACUGAAGGUAUAUAGGACUUGGAUCGGGAGACCAGCACUUUUUGCAGCUGCCCGUUUUGAAAGAGGAAACUAUUCUGAGAUGUAGACGCACUUAUUUUAUUGCAGCUUAGUUGGUGGCUUUCAAAGUAGUCCGUCAAACACGGAAAGAUUCACAGCCUCUGGUGUGAAACCGCGGGAGUGAGUCAGUAAGUUGGUGGAGUAGUUGCAUGCAAGAGCAAGGCGGGCUCAGGAGAAGGUGAAGUGAGUAGCGUUCGUGAGGCUGAGUGGCCCAGGAGGGAGCAAGUUCAGAGAAAGCAACGACUAGAGAAAAUCCAGCUGAGGAAAGGGGUCCGUGUUGGUCUGAGAGAGUCACAAGACUUCACAGACACACCACCUAUUUUAGGCAGUUACGUGCGUGUGCACUCGCCCUGCAGUUACAGACAGCCCAGUAAUUCGUCUUUCAGAAUCUUGCGAAUGCUGACUGCAUCGUCACCUCUGUGAAAAGCCAUUGUAAGUUUUUAGAGCAGCAGCCACAAGUUAUAAGCCAAAUAUAAAGGCGAACACAAAAGAAAAGACACCAGGAGGACAGUAUGCGUUGAAAUUGAACACAGACUUACAUCAGCCAACGCCAAGGCUGCCCUCCUGUCUAGGCAAGGAGGGAGGGGUUACUGAAAAUAGUCAUUUGGAUUGGCAGCUAGCAGUUACUUCCUAUCAAAUGUACUGUGCACUUUAACCGAGUUUAAAAUAUAUUUUAAUAUUUUCCUGUACUGCACAAAUACCUGUUUUGUCCCAUAGCAUAAUGGUGUAAAAAAGAAAACACUCUGAACAAAGAGCGUAUUCAGUGUAAGCGACAGUCAGAGGUUGAUUAUAGAAAUAGGAAUUUAGAUGACUGCACCUUGAUGGGCAUUGAGAAUGCAGGGUCCUGAAAUAUUUUUUUUUUUUACAUGUAUAUAUGGCAACAUGAAGCUCUGUAAUCCUUGUUUUGAGAGAUUUUCUUUUUCAAAAUUAAAAUAUUUCUUUUGAUAUUGAUUUUCAGUAUUUUCUUGCGGUUGGCUGUAUAAUAUGAAUGGCUUCAAUGUUUUGUAAAAUGGCUUUUUUUUCUUCGAAAUGCAGUCCUCGUAUGGCUAAGACGUCUUCAAGAUCUUCGUCCGUUGUUCGUAUGUGCAAUAAGAUGCGCGUGGCCGGCUGACAGCGCCCUAAGUGAACACGAUGUGCACGGUGCAAAUACCCUUCCUUUUGUGAUUUAACAGCCAUUAAAACUUUGAAUUUGUACAAACCAUCUUCUGAUUGACUUCCCCGUCAGUUGCCAUGGUGGAGUCCAGGUGUACAUCAGGUGUCUCCACCUGUCCCUCGGCUGGUGGCUCCAGAAGUGUUUUCAAGGAAACCUGAAGGUUCUGUGGCGCAUGUUGUGAAACCCCAGGGUCUGGUCCUCUCUCUCAACUGCCUCCUGUGGAAUCUGACCCUCAGGGAGUGAAGUGGCUUCCUGAUUAUACCUCCCAUAAAUCCGGGUCGGUGUUACCAUUUUCCCCACACGUCCCGCCCACCUCUGGUAGAAGAGCAGCUGCUUUGAGGAAGUCAAGGGAAAACCGUGACAUGUCGUUUCUGCCUUCUCGUCCUAACCCACACAGAGCGCACAAGACUCGAGACUCACAGCCUGAGCAGGGACAGCAGGGACCAGUGUCAGGGCCUCUACGUUUAAGACCCGUAUCUACGGAGUCAGGAAGAGCUAUGCCUUGCCUGUGAUGUUCUGACUAAAAGUGCUGCAACUGUGCCCACCUCCGAGAGCUUAGCCCUCUUGGUCUCUCGCGCAUUACAGAAGUCCAGUGCUUCACAGACACUUUGCAUUAUAAGCUGGCUGGAGCAACUGGGAAUGUGUGAAGGACAAGGGAAGGGAUGGCAGCGGGAGUACUGGGGGAGCCUGGCAGGAGCAUGUUUGCAUUCGGGUCACCCGUGCAGCUCAGCCAUAUGGCAUAGGCCACAGCUGGGGACUGUCCCAGAGACUGAAUUCUAGCCAACAGCUGCAUCUGGGGACUUCCUAGUUCUUCCUGAGUGAACCUGAGAGAUGGGGCAGCAGUGACCCCAGUGGGACUGGUUAUCUAAUCUUCCAUCUUCCACUGGCAGUCAGCUGGCAGACAUCAGGUCCCGUUGAGGGUGUGUGUGUGUAUGCAGGAUUUCACUCUAAAGAACUCUCUCUACUCCCCACACUCACAUGCUAAUGGGCCACCUUAAUGGCCAGUAUGUAUUGAGUGGUUACUGUGAGUCAAGUGUUUCUUCUGAACUAUAAGCUCCAUUAAAACAAGGCUGCUUGUC